UGCUGCUCUUAAUAGGAAUCAAAACUCAAGUUGUCUAAAUGGAGCGAAGUGAAAGCCAACGAAGAAGGCGAAGAAGGAAAAAAAUUACAUUUUGUCAGCCCGGCACGCAGGAAAUCAGUGUUGGCACCAAUCUUAAGUAAAAUCAAAAAUGGUACUGAUGCUAACAGUGGUAGUGGUGGUGGCAGUGGAGGUGCUGGUUCCGAUACUGAAAAGAAAUCCAAUGGCACCGACAGUACGGGACAUAUUAGUGUGCAGAUAGAACCGGCUAAAAGGGUCAAGCGCCACAGUAUACACGGCAUGAUGGAGGAGGAGAAUUGUAUAAGGCCUCAUCAGGAAAUACGUCAAUUGACAUUGGAAGAAAAGAAAUUUCUGUUGGCGGUAGAACGUGGUGAUAUGGCAGGUACACGUCGUAUGCUGCAAAAAGCCCAAGAUACCGACAACAUCAAUAUCAAUUGUGUAGAUCCUUUGGGCCGUACCGCUCUACUAAUGGCCAUUGAUAAUGAAAAUUUGGAAAUGGUCGAACUGUUGAUUAACUAUAAUGUAGACACUAAAGAUGCUUUAUUACAUUCCAUAUCGGAGGAAUUUGUGGAGGCUGUGGAAGUUUUAUUGGAUCAUGAGAAUGUCACCUUUCAUAGUGAGGGAAAUCAUAGCUGGGAAUCUUCUUCGGAGGAUACCUCUACCUUUACACCCGAUAUAACACCCCUAAUAUUGGCUGCUCAUCGUGAUAAUUAUGAAAUUAUAAAAAUUUUACUAGAUCGUGGUGCUGUUUUACCCAUGCCUCAUGAUGUGCGCUGUGGCUGUGAUGAAUGUGUUCAAUCUCGCCAAGAAGACUCUUUACGUCAUUCGCGCUCACGCAUUAAUGCCUAUCGUGCAUUGGCCAGUCCAAGUCUGAUUGCCUUGUCGUCUAAGGAUCCUAUUUUAACUGCAUUUGAAUUGUCUUGGGAAUUGAGACGUUUAAGUUUUUUGGAACAUGAAUUUAAGAAUGAAUAUCAGGAAUUGCGUAAACAAUGCCAGGAUUUUGCUACCGCUUUACUAGAUCAUACACGUACAUCUCAUGAAUUGGAAAUUUUAUUAAAUCAUGAUCCUACCGGUCCAGUUUAUGAACAUGGUGAACGUAUGCAUUUAAAUCGCCUAAAAUUGGCCAUUAAACUCAGGCAGAAGAAGUUCGUUGCCCAUCCUAAUGUUCAGCAACUUUUAGCUAGUAUAUGGUAUGAAGGAUUACCCGGAUUCCGGCGCAAAAAUAUGGCCCUACAAGCAUUGGAUAUAAUAAGAAUAGGCAUGAUGUUUCCAAUAUUUUCAUUGGCCUACAUAUUGGCACCUUACUCCAGUAUUGGACAAACUAUGAGAAAACCUUUUAUAAAAUUUAUAUGUCAUAGUGCCUCAUAUUUUACAUUCUUGUUUUUAUUAAUGUUGGCUUCACAACGUAUUGAGACGUUUAUUGGUGGCUGGUGGUUUUGGUCCGAUUCAAAUUCUAUGGUACACGAGGAAGAAGAAUUGCCCACUAAAAGAGGAGCUAAGCCCACAUUUAUAGAAUGGUUAAUAUUAUCUUGGGUUAGUGGUUUAAUAUGGAGCGAAGUAAAACAAUUGUGGGAUGUAGGUUUGCAGGAGUAUUUAAAUGAUAUGUGGAAUGUUAUAGAUUUUGUUACCAAUUCACUGUAUGUGGCUACGGUGGCCUUGAGGGUCGUAUCAUUUUUUCAAGUACAAAAAGAAAUGAUAACUAAUCCACAUGCUACCGAUCUACCGCGUGAGCGUUGGGAUACCUGGGAUCCAAUGCUUAUAUCGGAAGGUCUCUUUAGUGCGGCCAACAUUUUCAGUAGCCUCAAAUUGGUUUACAUAUUCUCGGUAAAUCCACAUUUGGGACCACUGCAGGUGUCAUUGUCACGCAUGGUCAUGGAUAUUAUGAAAUUUUUCUUUUUGUAUGUUCUGGUCUUAUUUGCUUUUGGCAGUGGUUUAAAUCAAUUGUUGUGGUAUUAUGCUGAUUUGGAAAAGAAACGCUGUCCUGAGGUUUCCCCUCAUAAUGUUUUGAUCAACUUAAAUGGUACCACAGAUCCUAAUGCUUGCAUAGUGUGGCGCAGAUUUUCCAAUCUUUUCGAGACCACACAAACUCUAUUCUGGGCGGUGUUUGGUUUAAUCGAUUUGGACAGUUUUGAAUUGGAUGGCAUUAAGAUUUUUACCCGUUUCUGGGGCAUGCUUAUGUUUGGCACUUAUUCUGUGAUUAAUAUAGUGGUUUUAUUGAAUCUCUUAAUAGCCAUGAUGAAUCAUUCCUAUCAAUUGAUAUCGGAACGAGCUGAUGUUGAAUGGAAAUUUGCUAGAUCUAAAUUAUGGAUUAGUUAUUUUGAAGAGGGUGGCACUUGUCCACCUCCUUUUAAUAUAAUUCCCACGCCAAAAUCCAUAUGGUAUGCAUUUAAAUGGUCUCGAAGAGUGUUUUGUAGUGGUUCCUCGGCAGCCAGAAGGGAACAUCUUAAGACAAUAAGGCGCAAAGCCCAACAGGCCAAUGAUCGUGAUUUCAAAUAUCAACAAAUAAUGCGGAACCUAGUACGACGUUAUGUAACCGUAGAACAACGUAAAGCAGAAUCCCAAGGUGUUACCGAAGAUGAUGUCAAUGAAAUUAAACAAGAUAUUUCGGCGUUCCGCUGUGAACUGGUGGAGAUACUUAAGAACAGUGGCAUGGAUACUAAUGUUACAUCGGGACAAGGGGGAGCUGGUGGUAAAAAGAAUCGCCAAAAAGAACGACGUCUAAUGAAAGGUUUCAACAUAGCACCGCCGGGCUCAACCGGUUCCUUGGCUCCGGUGGCCGAAUUUUCCACCUCACUGGAUAAUUUUGAACAACAACAUGAGAUACUAACGUCAACACUUUCGAAUCUCUUUCAUCCCUCGACAUUUAUGCAUAAAAAGGCCACUUUCUGUGCCAGUGAUAGUUGUAGUAUGGAAUCACCACCACCAACUACUUUGUCUUCGACUAACACCGUCAAUACGGUGCAAUCGACCAACAAAUACAAUAAGUCCACUUUGAAGCCCUAUAACAAACGUAUAGCGGGUCAUAAAAAGAAAUGGGGCACUCUGAUAGAGGCCGCCAAAGUGGGUAAUGUUUCGAAAAUGUUAGGACGUUCCAAGUCCGAGGAUUCUGUUUGCAAUUCUUCGAAUAACUCUUCACCGGUACACGGUCAAGUUCGGGUAACAUAUUCACAAAAUUGCGGUGGUUCCAACUAUUACAAUCCCAAUGAGGUGCGUCAUCAUAAUUUAUCACAAAAUAAGGAUCAUCUAACACCCAAUCAUAUUGUACCGGGUGUGAGUGUAGCAGGCGCAGCAGCAGGUACACAUUUCUUUCACACCACCACGGGUCUUACUGCUAUUGCCGCUUUAAAAAAGAAACGUAAAAAGUUUUCAUCUAGUAAAAAUAUUUGCCCUGUCAAUGAAUCUAUAUCAGCUAGUAAUGCCGUGGAUCUUUUAAGCGAUAAGGCUUUAAAGCGUGUCUCUAGCUAUCCAGCAACCGAUGGUAAUGCUCAAAAUAAAGAUGCAGCACAUGUGGCUAAGCCGCGCCGACAUGAACAGACCCAAAGUCAACAUGACUCAGUGGAGACCUCAACAGAAUUUACACUGUCCAAUGAGAUACAACAUUUGGAUCCAUCCAAUACAUCUGUGAAUUCACGCGAACCAUUAAUUAGCAGUAAUUUUGCUUCAACAGGUGUGAUUAAUUAAAGACGUCUAGCAACACACACACACACGUUAAGAAAAUUAAUUUAUGAAACUGUGAGAAAUCACAAAAGAAAUUUAAAUCAAAACACAAAA